AUGGCCCUCCGUGAACUGCCCCGAUGGUGGCACUUGUUGCUGGGGACUGCCACUGCCCUUUACCUCACAGGACAGACCCUGGUGGGAGGACGGCGGGAGCUGCACCCCAGCGACCCCCAGGUGCAGAAGGCGGCGCAGGCGGCCGUGGCCAGCUACAACAUGGGCAGCAACAGCCUCUACUACUUCCGAGACACGCGCAUCCUCAGGGCGCAGAGCCAGAUGGUGGCUGGCAUUAAGUACUACCUGACCGUGGAGAUGGGGAGCACAGCCUGCAGGAAGAAUGCAGUAACUGGAGACCGCAUGGACCUCACCACCUGCCCCCUGGCCGCAGGAGCACAGGAGGAGAAGCUGCGCUGCGACUUUGAGAUCCUAGUGGUUCCCUGGGAGAACUCCUCCAGCCUUCUGAAGCACCACUGCGUGCCUGUGUAGUAGACCCCUGCAGCAGACCCCUGCGGCCCCGGAGUGGGAGGGUGUGGGCUGAUUGGUAGAGGGUGCUUCGGGUCCAUGGACCAUAUCCAUUGCAAUAAAUUGCUAACACUG